AUCCACGUAACACGUCAUCAACAAUAUAAUAAGAAGAGUUCAUUCAGUGGAGAUAAGAGUUGUUUUUAUCAACAUAAAAGUAUUGUUCUGUAGUGUAGUUAUUCUUGAAGAUUAACAGCCAGAAGUGUUAUAUCACUCUUUUAUUUACUUUACUCAAUUGCAAACGGUUUGUCAAUUGUAGAAGCAGAAAAAUGAAAGUGGCAAUUGUUGGAGGUGGAAUAAUUGGUUUGACAACAGCGUUGCAACUACAGGAUGAAUUACGUAACGCUGAAGUUACAGUUUUUGCUUCUGAUUUCGAUAACAAUGUCAGCCAUGUGGCUGCUGGAUUGUUCAGAAUUGGUUCUUCGUACUCUGGACCGACUGAAAAGAUAACGAAAGAAUGGAUACGAAAUUCGUAUGAGUAUUAUGAUGACAUCAGAAAGAGUCAUGAGGCUUCACUUGCUGGUGUAACCGCUAUUUCUGGUUACAUGUUUGCUAAUUCCUCGCCAGAAACGGUUAAGAGUUAUUGGAUUGAAGAUUUAGUACCACUAUAUAGGAGAGCCUCAGAUGAAGAAUUUGAUUUGGUUGGGGGUAAUUGGAAAUAUGGAUCUUUCUUCACAACUCUUCUCACUGAAUGUAGACAGCAUCUCCCAUGGGCCCGCAAGAAACUACAAGAAAAUGGAACCAAACUCACAGUUAGGAAAUUAAAUUCUUUAAAAGAACUUGCCACAGAUUGGGAUUUGAUUUUUAAUUGUACAGGUCUUGGUGCCAGAUCUCUGUGUAAUGAUAGAUGCAUGGUUUCUAUGAGAGGUCAAGUACUCAAAGUAAAAGCACCAUGGAUGAAAACAUUCUUCUAUGGGGAAGUAGACACGUAUAUUAUACCUGGCUUUAACAGUAUUGUUACACUUGGUGGUUCAAGAAACUUUGAUUCUGAAAAUAUGAAAGUUUGUCCUUACGAGUCUGCAGCAAUUCGAGAAAGAUGCCAGACCCUUGUCCCAGCUCUUAAGAAAGCGGAGAUCGUAAGGGAAGAAGUUGGCUUGCGACCACACAGAACAAAUAACGUUAGAGUAGAAGCUGAAUGGAUUACAAAUGGAGUUUCUAAAGCCAUUUUAGUACACAAUUAUGGACAUGGAGGAUAUGGAGUAUGCACCGCUCCUGGGACUGUGAAGUAUGCCAUUCAUUUGGCAAAGGAAAUGCACAAGUUUUCUGUUGCAAAACUUUGAAUAUUGUAAUAUUAACUGAGAUUAUUAACCUAAUUAGAUUUGUUUAUUAUUAACGAAUUUACACAAGCAAAUCGUUAACAUGAACUAAUACUGCGUGGUAUUAUUGACGUAUAACGUACUCUACCUACACUUUCAGACUGUAGUUACGCAUUAAAGCUAAAAUAUCUUAAAUAAAGGUAAAAUAAUUUGUUCAUUUUCAACAAAUA